UCCUGCAGAUGUGCAGCUCCACGCGCGCACGCGCGCACACACACGCUCACUCACACGCACACAUGCGCUCGCGCGGUGGCAAGGUGCAUCCCUCCUAAUGCAAAUUCGACGCAUUUUAAUUGCCCGAUUUAAGGCGUCUGAGAGAUCUAUUUCAGAGAAGACUCACCGCUCUAUAUCUGCGUUGAUACUGAGCAGGAAUCUGGCUUUGAGUGGAUUUGUGCAGCGUUCACUGAAACGAUGCUGUCAGACUCAGAGCAGGCGAGUGGAUGACAUGGACGGCUGAAAAUGUGUGGAUAAGUGACAUCCUCUAUCCGGUGAUGUCAAGAAGGAGUGAAGAAACUUUGAGCUAGAUGAUAAAUGCAUGUUCCCAUUCAUUGUGCGGACUGAAAAACAGCCAGAACGACUUCUGAGAAUUAUUUCUGCACCAAGUUGUGAUUAAUCGCCUGGUCGCGAUGAGCGAUACUGUGUCACCAUGAAGCUUCUGCGGUUCAUUAUUUUGUGCGGAUUUCUGAACACUCAAAUCAAUGGAUCUCGUAUCCGUCAGGAGGACUACCCCCCGCGGAUUGUGGAGCACCCAUCAGACCUGAUCGUGUCGAAGGGUGAGCCGGCCACGUUGAACUGUAAGGCCGAGGGCCGUCCAGCACCCACUGUCGAGUGGUAUAAAGAUGGUGAGCGUGUGGAGACAGACAGGGACAACCCACGUUCGCACCGUAUGCUCCUUCCCAGUGGCUCACUCUUCUUCCUGCGCAUCGUGCACGGUCGCCGCAGCAAACCUGACGACGGCAGCUACGUGUGUGUGGCCAGAAACUACAUGGGAGAGGCGGUCAGCCACAACGCUUCACUGGAAGUGGCAUGUGAGUAAUUUCUGAGUUUGACAGCUUUCUAUUUUCAGUUAUUAAAAGGCACGUUGAUGAAAAAUGGGUUUAGUUCGUGUUUGGAUGCACUGUUACUAGUGUUGGUAUCUGGUAUUGAUAUAAUACUGAACUUAAUUACUGAAUUUACUUCUACUUAUAAAAAAUGCUCUGAUACCAACAUAAAAUUCCAUGAGUUACUAUGUGACCUAAGCUUAGUGUACUGUAUGUUGACGCUCUAAUGAACAGACGACACAAAAUGACAGCGAUCUGGU